CGUGAUCAUGACCAAAUUGAAGAAAAAGAACAAGAAGGGUUUGGUGGCUGCGUUUCUGUCUCAAAAACAGGCCAUGAGAAGGCUUCAGCUCAGCCUUCCUAAUUUCAGACGCCUUUGCAUUCUGAAGGGAGUUUAUCCAGUUGAACCCAGCAACCGAAAAAAGGUUGGAAAAGGAAACAGCCAGCCGCGCGUCUUUUAUCACUCAAAGGAUAUCGCUUUCUUAGCUCAUGAACCGCUGAUUGAAAAAUUCAGGAGGUUACGCGUUUAUCAGUUGAAGUUGAAGAAGGCACGGGAGAGGAGGGAUAAGGAUAAAGAGUUUAGAAUACGUGUAAACAAGCCAAGAUAUACCCUACAUCAUGUUGUGAAAGAAAGAUACCCGACUUGCCAAGAUGCUCUGAACGAUCUCAGUGACAGUCUCAAUCUGAUAUUUCUUUUCGCUCGGCUUCCUAGACUCACACAAUUCAGUCCAUCACUCAUUGCUUUGAGCCGCAGACUGUGUGUUGAGUUCUUAAACUUUGUUGUGGCCACCCGAGCCAUUCGGAAAGCUUUUAUAAGUAUUAAGGGAUUUUAUAUACAAGCUGAUAUUUCCGGAACACUCGUUGUUUGGGUGAUUCCUCAUUCAUCCGUCACGCAUACUCCAUCGGAUGUUGACUACCGAAUUCUUGCUAACUGCUUGGAGUUCGAUACCACUCUUGUGGGCUCGUUACUUUGUCAUUUGUACCGUCAGCAUGGACUUCUGUAUCCUCCGAAGUUGUCAGUUCAUGUGGACCCUGAUCCUACAUCGUACUAUUGUGGACAGAAUGAAAACUAUUUCGAGUUGCUUUCUUGUUUAUCAUAUCCUAUCAGGCGCACCGAAGAUGUAGCAGGGGAGGAUGUACAUUCGGAAGGACUCUCGGAAUUGCAGGCGAUCGAUGAUCAAGUUGCUAAGGCAGUCAACAAACAACUGGAGGUUCAGCGAAUCCGGAAGCUUUUUGAUGGUAAACGGAUCUUUCUCAUGCGGGAAGUUCCAAGAGAGGUGAUAUGCUUGAUCGUCAGAUCCUGUGGUGGCGAAUGUUCUUGGGACAAAACUGUCGGUCCUGCAUCCACAUUCACUGAAGAAGAUCCAAGCAUCGACUACCAGGUUGUAGAUCGCCCGAUGUCGGAAAUGAAGGUUACACGAUAUUACGUCCAGCCACAAUGGGUGUUCGAUAGCCUGAACGCGGGUCGAUUGUUACCGGCUCAAGAUUACCUUCCAGGUUCAAGUUUGCCGCCCCAUUUAAGUCCAUUUGCAGCUGGCUCGGGACUCACUGAAAUUCUGGGCGAAAUCGGUGAAGGGUCAGUGAGCCAACGUGGAGGUCUCGUUGGCGUUGCACCCGGCUUCGGUGAUGGAGCUUCGCUGUACCGACCACCGGAGGCAGAUUAUUUGGCUGGAUUGGUUAGCUUAGCGAAGUUGCGUGGUCCUACGAUUCAGGCUUCAAUGGAACCUAACGCGACCGUUGAUGAGCACCAGAUGGAGCUUGAUGAUGUACAUUCUGCUUUGGAUAAUACAGACAACUCAUUCGGAAGUCACAAAAAGAAGGAGAAAGCUAACAGUAAAUUACGAAAACCAGCCAAAGGCGAAGAACCAAUCGUGACGCCGGGACGAUUGGAGAGCAAGGAAAGUAAACGCAUGAAGGAACAGGCCGAAGCCAAUGCUGAGAGAAAACUACGUGAAAUGCUGCUGCCGAAGAAGCAUCGAAAUGCAUACAAGAAGAUGGUUCAUUCUAUCAAACGACGAGAGAAGGAAGUGCGAAACCUAACGGAUAAACGUCGAGCUAUCGACUCGCGGCGGGAAACAUGAUACAAUUGGAUCAUGCACGGUGUACAUUGAAAAGUCAAUAAAACGCAGCAUUCAACUGAAUUUGUUGUUCUAUCUUGUACAUCUACCAUUCGAUACUUUGUAGAAGUUCUUCCAUCUUCUUCGCACUGACGAACAGUUUCUCUUUUUCAUCAUCGUCCAGUUGCUGAAGCAUAAUGCCACGAACUCCGUUAGUAUUCACAAUGCAUGGCAGACUAAAGAAAAUAUCCUUGUCUACGCCUUGCAGGCCCU